AUGCAAAGACUGUUCUCCGAUAACUGCAAAUAUUCGCUUUGGAGGCAACUGUGGUUCAAUUUAGCCAAGGCACAGUAUCAUUGUGGGGUUUCUUGCCCCGGAUUAACGUGCACAGCAUUGGAUGAAAUGGAGCUACAUUUACUGGAUCCAAUCGACUACGAUCAAGUGCAGAGUGAAGAGAAAAGGCUUAAACAUGACGUGAUGGCGCACCUUUCUGUUUGGGGCUCCAUCUGCCCAUUGGCAAAGCCCAUAAUGCAUCUGGGGGCCACGUCAUGCGACAUCACCGAUAAUGCCGAUUGCAUAAUUGCAAGAAAUGCGUUGAAAAUCAUUUUGGCAAGGCUUUAUGGGGUCAUUCGAUGUCUUCGCGAUUUUUCCAUGCAAUGGAAUGCCCAGCCAACACUUGGGUACACCCAUUUUCAAUCUGCACAGCUUACCACUGUCGGGAAAAGGGCUGCCACAUGGCUGCAGGAUUUGGUUUCGGAUUUCACCACAAUAAGCCAAAAAAUCGAUCAAUGCAAAAUGAGGGGGCUAAAGGGAACUACCGGAACGCAAGCCUCAUUUGUCUUUCUAUUUGGCGGGGUUGGGGUUCCAUCCAAUGAUACCUUGCAAAGCAUCGACCAAAUGGAGAACCUGUUUUGUUCAUAUUCCGGCUUUGACCGUGAUAGGAUUUAUCCCGUCACUGGUCAAACAACGCCGCGCAAAUUCGACAUCGAAAUACUGGCUCCUUUAGCCUCUCUGGCUGCAACGGCAAACAAGAUAUGUACGGACAUCCGUCUGUUGGCACACUCGAAACAAUUGGAAGAACAGUUUUCUGAAUUUCAAGUUGGCUCUUCCGCCAUGGCCUACAAAAGAAAUCCCAUCAAAAGCGAGCGGUGCUGCUCGCUUUCCCGCCAUUUGAUGGCAAUUACAGGCAAUGCAUACACAACCCUGGCCAACCAGUGGCUUGAAAGGUCUUUAGAUGACAGCGCAUCUCGAAGGAUAACCAUUGCAGAGUCCUUUUUGUGCGCCGAUUCGAUCUUGCUGCUGCUUUUUUCGAUCAUUUCAAAUUUGCAGGUCUACCCCGAGGUUUUAAACUCCUUGAUUGGUAAGGAAUUCCAUUUCCAAGCGACAGAGGCAAUUCUGAUGGCUGUCGUCAAAAAGGGCGGAGACAGGCAAGUUGCGCACGAAAUCAUUCGCUCCCUGAGCAUGGAAAUUAAUCAAAGGCGCAUGUCCGCCCAUCAAUAUGCAGAUGGCUUUGAGGAUGAAACCAUCCCAUUGCUUGAUAGGCUAAAAUCGCAUCCCUAUUUCGCAGAGGCGGAUCUUUCGACAAUCACUGCAGACCUGAUUUGUGGGAGGGCAUCGCAGCAAACCACUUCGUACAUCCAGAAUACGGUGGACCCUAUCCUAGAAAAAUACCAAUCUCUUCAAAGUGAAACUCCAGAUCCCAUAUCGAUAUAA